AAUGUGCAGACAGACGAAAGCCUGCCGAAGUGAAGCCAAAUUGGUGGGUAAAGCAGAAACAGAGAUCAUGAACCACGGGUUCCUUAACAUCUUCGGGUCCUGUAUUCAGCGGAUCCUUAUCCACAGUGGUCUUUUCAAUUACUUGAUUUCCUUAUUGUUUGGGCUAGCCAGAGCUGGGGCAGCGAGACCGGAUUGCUAGAGGCUCUUGGGGCGCGUGAUUUCAAGCACCGUCUAUACUAACGGGUCUUGGUUCCUGUAACUGGCCUUGCUGCUGCUAGAUGCCUCGUGUAAGCCUGAUCUUAUUAUUGUUGUCGCCUCCCAUCCCCCGAUUUCUUGUUCCAGAGCUGGAAUCCCCUCCACUGCCGAAGUCUAAACUCCAGGCCUCCCGUCCUGAGGGUCCUCCCCAAGGUCACGCCCUCCGUUCCCGGCCCCGGUCCCUGGGGGCGGUGUCCACGUCCCCCGCAGUCGCGGGGGGCCGGGCGCUCUAGGCUGCCGCGGGUCCUUCGCAGAACCUUGUCAUCUCGCUGGUUUCCGGCACUCGGCGGCCACUCUAGGGACUCUACCCUGCAAAAAGUGGAUUCUCUAUGGUGGGCUUCUCUUCUUUGUCCCGAAUUUCUUCCGAGGCGACGCUCGGGUGGCACCCGACUCCUCACCGCUGCCCCGGUGGGGCCCCCUGCUAGGUGCACCGGGAGAGGUCGCUGACGCCCCACAAGGUUCAGCCUCCUCCUAGUCCCUGCAGGGUCUGUCCCGAGCAGGAGGAUGGCGGAAGUGAGUACGAGAGUGCCUUUCCCUCUCGUCGCUCUCCUCUAUGGUCGCUUCCCUCCGCGACGGGAAAAGAAGUCCCCGCGCCUGCGCAGAACCGGGCUGGGAGCUCGUCGCGGAGGGGGAGGGGCGCAGGGAGCGGGAGCCGCCGCCGCCGCCGCCGGAGCUAACCGCGGGGACCGAGAUGCAGCUGCUGCCGCACACCCCACAUCUUCUGGCCGUGUCCCUCUUCGCCACCCCUCCCCACAGGCUCUCCCUCUCCACCUCCUGGGGCCCAUCAUGAAUGGUACCCCUUCCCCAGAGGAUGGGGCCUCCCCGUCGCCCCCUCCCCUGCCGCCACCCCCUCCCCCCAGUUGGCGGGAGUUCUGUGAGUCCCAUGCCAGGGCUGCAGCCCUGGAUUUUGCCCGUCGCUUUCGCCUCUACCUGGCCUCCCACCCACAGUACGCAGGGCCUGGGGCUGAGGCCGCCUUCUCCCGCCGGUUUGCUGAGCUCUUCCUGCAGCACUUUGAAGCUGAGGUGGCCCGGGCCUCAGGUUCCAUCUCGCCAUCCCUUCUGGCUCCACUGAGUCCUGGUGUGGACAUCCCGGCUUCUCACGACCUGUCCAUUGACAGCUGCAGGGUGGGUGGGCCCCUGGCUGUGCUCGGCCCUUCUCGAUCAUCUGAGGACCUGGCUGGCCCCCUCCCUUCCUCAGUCUCUUCUUCGACGACCUCCUCGAAGCCAAAGCUCAAGAAACGCUUUUCCCUCCGCUCAGUGGGUCGCUCGGUCCGAGGUUCAGUCCGUGGCAUCCUGCAGUGGCGGGGGUCUGUUGACCCUCCAUCCCCAGCUGGGCCCCUGGACACCUCAUCAAGUCCCCCUGUCCUAGGUGGAAACAGCAACUCCAACUCCUCUGGUGGGGCCGGGACUGUUGGCAGGGGCCUGGUUGGUGACGGCACGUCUCCUGGGGAGAGAUGGACUCACCGUUUUGAGAGGCUGCGACUGAGUCGGGGUGGGGGGACCUUGAAGGAUGGAUCAGGGAUCGUGCAGAGGGAAGAGCUGCUGAGUUUUAUGGGGGCCGAAGAGGCUGCCCCUGACCCUGCUGGAGUGGGCCGGGCAGGAGGGGCAGCUGGGCUGGCCCCAGGGGGAGGAGGGCAGCCUCAGUGGCAGAAGUGUCGCUUACUGCUGCGCAGUGAAGGAGAAGCAGGAGGAGGAAGUCGCCUGGAGUUCUUUGUUCCACCCAAGGCGUCCCGGCCCCGACUCAGCAUCCCCUGCUCAACCAUCACGGACGUUCGGACUACCACAGCCCUAGAGAUGCCUGACCGGGAGAACACGUUUGUGGUGAAGGUGGAAGGCCCCUCGGAGUACAUCCUGGAGGCAACCGACGCUGUCCAUGUGAAGGCCUGGGUGUCUGACAUCCAGGAGUGCCUGAGCCCAGGACCUUGCCCUGCGACCAGCCCUCGCCCCAUGACCCUUCCUUUGGCCCCUGGGACCUCCUUCCUCACAAAGGAGAACUCAGACAGCCUGGAGCCCCCCUGCCUACAUCACUCGGAGAGUCUGCGCAGCCAGGAUCUGCUGCUGGGGCCCAGUGAGAGCAACGACCGCCUGUCGCAGGGGGCCUACGGGGGCCUAUCAGACCGGCCCUCCGCAUCCAUCUCCCCCAGCUCGGCUUCCGUGGCCGCCUCCCACUUUGACUCGGUGGAGCUGCUGCCCCCAGAGUUGCCCCCUCGCAUUCCCAUCGAGGAGGGGCCCCCGGCAGGGGCUGCUCAUCCUCUCUCGACCCCCUAUCCUCCUCUGGACACUCCAGAAACAGCCCCAGGGUCCUUCCUGUUCCAGGAGCCGGAGGCAGGGGAGGGAGACCAGCCUCUCUCAGGAUACCCUUGGUUCCAUGGGAUGCUUUCCCGACUCAAGGCUGCCCAGCUAGUGCUGGAAGGAGGCACCAGCUCCCACGGGGUCUUUCUGGUGCGUCAGAGUGAGACGAGGCGGGGUGAAUAUGUCCUCACUUUCAACUUCCAGGGCAAGGCCAAGCACCUGCGCUUGUCACUGAAUGAGGAGGGUCAGUGCCGGGUCCAGCACCUGUGGUUCCAGUCCAUUUUCGAUAUGCUCGAGCAUUUCCGGGUGCACCCCAUCCCUCUGGAGUCUGGAGGCUCCAGUGACGUUGUCCUUGUCAGCUAUGUGCCCUCCCAACGGCAGCAGGGUGAGCAGAGCAGGUCUGCAGGGGAGGUGCCCGUGCACCCGAGAAGUGAGGCCGGGAGCAGGCCGGGAGCCAUGCGGGGGUGUGCGAGGGAGAUCGAUGCCACCCCGAUGCCUCCUCCACCCUCAUGCCCUUCGGAGCGAGUGACUGUGUAAUCGAACACCUCCCAUGACCCACCCCAACCCCCUGAGCCCCCUUCGCGGACAGAUCCCCCACAUCCUGGGGCAGAAGAGGCGUCGGGGGCGCCAGAAGUGGCGGCAGCCGCAGCCGCAGCAGCCAAAGAGAGGCAAGAGAAAGAGAAAGCGGGCAGUGGAGGGGUCCAGGAAGAGCUGGUCCCCGUGGCUGAGCUGGUCCCCGUGGUUGAAUUGGAAGAGGUCAUAGCGCCAGGCAUGGAGGCCCCGGGUGGUGCUGGCUCUGGUGGGGGCGCUGCUCCAAUGGUACAGCUCCAGCAGUUACCACUAGGGGGCGCGGGAGAGGAAGGGGGCCAUCCUAGAGCCAUUAAUAACCAGUACUCCUUUGUGUGAGCCGCCCUGCCCCACCCUCUGACCCUCCCUUGCUCCCGGCCUUGGGCCUUGGGUUCCUGAGUUGGGGACACAGAGGGACACAGAGAAGGGAGGUGUGGGCACCAGAUGCUUCUUGGCCUUUGACAGCCCAGGGCACGCAGAUGUCGGUACAAGCAGUGGUUCAGGGCCCUCGUAACUCCCCGACUCCUACACUACAGGUGCCCCUUCCUAGACAGGGGAUUUGGGCCCCAUUACCUCCCUGAGGGGCUCUUCCAGCCAGCCCCCCUGGCUGGGGGCCGUUUCCCCCUGAACCACCACCCCCCCCUGCCCAAGCAAGGCUGAGGGGGAAGGGCUGUCAGUUAUAUUAAGAUUGUUGUUGUUGUUGUUGUUUUAAACAAAAUGGAGAAGCAUACAUAAAUAAAAGGGGUUAUCUCAGCUCU